AUGGAAAGACUUAACCAAUUAGGUGGCCAAUUAAGCCCAUCAUCAAAGCAAGCUGUGUUGGAGAAGAAUCCUGAUGAUGUUGUAAUCGUUGCUGCUUACAGAACGGCAUUGACAAAAGGAGGUAAAGGUUCCUUCAAGGAUGUCGGAUCAGAUUACCUUUUGGAUAAACUCUUGCAAGCCUUUAUUGCAAAGACCAAGGUUGACGUGAACUUGAUUGAAGAUGUUGCUUGUGGUAAUGUUUUAAACAGAGCUGCAGGUGCUUCAGAACACAGGGGAGCUUGCUUGGCUGCUGGUAUUCCAAAUACAGCUGCAUUUGUCGCUAUCAACAGGCAAUGUUCUUCUGGCUUGAUGGCUGUUUCUGACAUUGCCAACAAGAUUAAGACGGGUGAAAUAGACUGUGGAUUAGCAUGUGGAGUAGAGUCUAUGUCUGUCAAUUAUGGUCCUCAAUCAAUUCCGAAGGUUGAUCAACAUUUGCAAGAAAAUAAGGAAAUGGCUAAGUGUUUGAUUCCAAUGGGUAUAACAAAUGAAAACGUUGCCGCCAAGUAUAGCAUUCCGAGAUCAGAUCAAGAUGAAUUUGCUGCCAAAUCAUAUAACAAAGCUGAGAAUGCAGUUACAGGAGGUAAAUUCAAGGAUGAAAUUUUACCUAUUGAAUCAAUAAUUGCUGAAGAAGAUGACGAUGACAACGUAACUUACAAGACUGUGACAGUUGACACAGAUGAAGGUCCAAGAAAGGGCGUUACCGCUCAAUCAUUGGGUAAGUUGAAGCCUGCUUUUAAAUCUGAUGGCUCCACUCAUGCAGGUAACGCAUCCCAAGUCUCAGAUGGUGCUGCUGUCGUAUUAUUGAUGAGAAGGUCUUUGGCUGAGAAAAAGGGUUAUCCAAUUGAAGCUAAAUAUGUUUUAUGUUCUUCUGUCGGGGUUCCUCCUGAAAUCAUGGGUAUUGGACCAGCCGUGGCCAUUCCAUCUGUUUUGAAGAAAACUGGCUUGACCGUUAACGACAUUUCCAUUUUUGAAAUUAACGAAGCUUUUGCUGCUCAAUGCUUAUACUCUGCUAGAGCUUGCAACAUCCCAGAAGAAAAGUUGAAUAUUAAUGGUGGUGCCAUCGCUCUUGGUCACCCAUUAGGUGCUACUGGUGCUAGGCAGUAUGCCACGAUCUUGAGAUUGUUAAAGAAAGGUGAGAUUGGUUUGACUUCUAUGUGUAUCGGUACAGGUAUGGGUGCUGCUUCCAUCUUAGUUAAGGAGUAA